CUGAGGCGCGCAGAAAUUAUUUAACCGCGAUACGAAUCGGUUGUGUUUUUGGCGUUUUUCACGCUGUUUUCAACUUUUCUGUGUUUGUUGCUAAAGGACGGCGCGUUUCAACGCGGGUCGUUUGCGUUUUUGUGUGUCGAUUCUCGGUCGUUCAAGUGGAUUGAUAAGCGCGCGCGUGUCUUGAUUGGACAUUUGCUGCAGUGCGAUCGAGGUGCGUGUCGGAGGAUUUACUUUGUUCGACGUACGCACAGGAUUUAUUGGUUCAAACGGGACGAGAUAAGCCGCGACGUCGUUUUCCUCGUCACUUCGUCGGUACCGAGAAGAGAUCUUUGAUCGUUAAGUGUGAUUCUGCAGGAAGCCACAGACUGGUCGUCCGUAGGCGCUGGCUCGUCGGUAGGCGGUUUGUAAAUACUGACCGGAAUUUCAGUGAAUCGUGCAAAAAUAGGCAAAGAAUAGUGUUCCAAGUGAUCAGAAUAACCGGAAGUGUAAUAACCCAAUCCGUGGGUCGUUACCCAAUUUUCUUCUAUACUGUUUCGGCCCUGCCCGAUUCGCGAGUAGCUUUGUGACCGAACCCGUUACCGGAGAUGGCCUUCUUUAGGGCCUACUACUGUUCAGUGCUGCUGUUGCUCUACUUCGGGGCCUUGGUCCACAGUGGGGCGCCGGUGCGGCCCGGGGCGGGCAACCCGUCGCCGCGGCUGCCUCGUACCAGUGCCAGCCAGCUGUCCGCACAGAACAACAACAGCACCGGAGUGCGUAAUUUGGCCGCCAAGAAUCUCACCGCCCAGCAGGGACGUGGGAACUACAGAUCAAGGUACGUCAAAAUAAGAGAGCAGCAGUUGCUGAAUGUGUUCGAAGUAGUGGUAUCGACGUUGGAGGGUAAACUUCAACGGAUAGACAACCUAGAUAAGGCCGUCGAACAUCUGAUGCGACGCGUGGAAUCGCUGGACAGUAAGGUAGCGGACAAUAUUCACAAAACCGAUUCGGUGAUCACAAAGCUGCGAACACUAGACAGCAAGUUGUCUGCUCCAAUCGGAGACGAUGACAGACCCAACGGUGUCAGGACGGCCAAGUCCACAAAUAGCUUGGACAGUCGACUGGUAUCGCUUGAUCAGAAAGUUAGUGAUAUCGAUAACAAGUUGAACGGUUUGAAGAAUCAGAUCGACAGUAAUUUCUUACCACUGGAUGACAUCAAUGCGGAAGCCAGUGAACGAAAGACUGUCAGCAUGAAUGUAGCAGAGAUCACGAAGGCAAUGCACACAGAAGUGAUGGGACACAUUACCAAGGAGUUGGGUCAGCUAAGAGCGAUUCAGGAAGGCAUCGAUAGGAAGCUCCAGUUCCACAUCAAUAUCGUGUCAGAGAACUUAGGCAAAACAAUCAACCUGUUGAACGAAGUUCACGAUGCGGUUGUAGAUCAUAACAUAAACUUCAGCUACAACUCGACUUCAACAAUUCCUCCAUACGUGAAGGCCAGCAAGAUCGACAUUCUGGUAAAGCAAAUCCGUCCAAUUAUGUCUGUUUCGGAGAAAAUGGACGAAGUGUGGGAUGUUGUCGUAGGAACAAAGAGCUCCGUUGACGAUUUGGUACCCAAAUCAGAUGCCCUACUCACGCAGAAUCAACGACAGGAACGAGCCAUCGGAGAAAUCCAUCACGAUCUAAAAACUAAAACGAACCUGAUCAUCAACAAUUUGGAUAUGGUGGAAAAGCGACUCAAGAAGCAGGAAGAUGAUGUGGCAGUGUUGGCUCAACGUCCGGUUCCAGCUGAACUUCUGAUGGAUCCUACGAUAGAUCGACUUGUGGAAUACGACCCUAACCGGUACUCAAUCGUCGAAGACUUCACGGAAGCCCUGCCAACGACGACCUACCCCACUUCGUCUUCCUCUUCGACGACGAGCUCCAGCAGCAGCAGCACCAGCACAAGCACCACGGCCAGCAAUGUGAACCUCACGAGCACCACAUCGGCUUCGGCGCAGACGGUCCAGGCAGGCGGCAAGAACGUGUCCCGCAAGGGUGGAAUCAUCUUCCCCAGUGUGAAGAACAAGCCUUCCGUGCUGAACAACACCUUUGCUAGUGAGAGUUUACUUUUCAAGGACAUCAAGGGAUUCUCCUGUGCCGACCUAAUGAACGCCGGAAUGCGCCAAUCCGGAGUGUACUAUCUGCAGAUUCGUGGUACAACGUACUGGUUCCUGAAGGUCUUUUGCGAACAGGAAGUUGCCGACGGUGGAUGGACCGUAAUUCAACGACGCGACGACUUUGGAGAGCCCCGAGAAAACUUCAACCGCGACUGGGCCGAUUACAAGAACGGAUUCGGCGAUCCGGCGAAGGAAUUCUGGCUCGGUAACGAAAACAUUUACAUGCUGACGAACAAUGAGGACUACUCGCUCCGGGUCGAGCUGGAAGAUUUCGAAGGAAACAAGAGGUACGCACAAUACUCCCAUUUCAAGAUCCAUUCAGAGCAAGACUACUACAAACUGGAAAUUGAUGGCUAUGAGGGCAACGCCGGCGACUCCCUGAAUGAUCCUUGGUACGGUUCUAACAACAGUCCUUUCUCUACGUAUAACCGCGAUAAUGACCGAAGCUCGUUGAACUGCGCCAGUAUGCUCAAGGGCGGCUGGUGGUGGAAGUCUUGCGGACGAGGUCUGAACGGACUGUACCUGCACGAUCCUCAGGAUCUAACCGCACGGCAGGGAAUCGUCUGGUUCCGCUGGAGGGGCUGGGACUACACCCUGAAGAAGGCCACCAUGAUGAUCAAACCGCGAGGACCGCAAGCGGCGGCACAGCAGCAGAUUGCGGCAGCGGCGGCGGCAGCUACUACGGCGUAAUAAGUGGAUCGAUUGUUAUUUUUUGGGUUAAUUCGCGCAAACUCUCGAGAGUUUUUGUACAAAUUCUUUUUUGUUUUCAUAGUUUUUUGUUUUAUGUUAUGGAUUUAAACAAACCAUUCCAAAAUUACGAACACGACUACAAACAAGCGAAAGAAGCUGCCACGUGGAAGACAAAAGAAUUGCUUCUAUGAACAAUAUGGGACGAAACCUGAGAUAUGCCCUCGUUUUGGAUACUUAGGGGGCAUUCCGCCAAUUAUCAAGUACUUUCGAUCAUAUUUAGUAAAGCUUGUAAAUUGAUCCAUGUCUUGCCCGUAGAGUGAAUGUCUCUCCCCGCCUAUUCGUGAAACUCCGUCCCCUACUUUGUUGUAUAUGUAUUUUUAUUUUACGUUUAAUUUAUUAAAUUUAGUUGAAAGGACGAGCGUGAGAGCGAAAAAGGAAAUUCACCACAUUGAUUAGCGAAAUAUCUUAGUCUUACUGUCUGUGGCGAGACACGAUGUAUAGGAAAGACACGUUAUUUUUACUGAUUUGUCAUGCCAUGGUUUUUAUUUUUUAGAAAAAUUGACUUCCAAGUGACAAAACCUAAUCGGUGAAAGUACAAUGCGGAUGACGGUUUUGACAUUUUUUUUCAAAAUUAAAAAAACUGAAACCAAGCGAUAUUUUUCUUUUCUUUUCCUAUAAACUUCGGCUUUUAUAUGCAGACGAAGAGAAGAUAUCUAAAAAUGACGAACUGAAAGAGAUUGUUAAACGAUAGUGUAUUUGUUUUUUAGGUAAAAUUAUCAUCCCCAUGCGCACUAUUUUUUCGAAUGUUUUAUUUUUCUUUAAUUUUUUUUGCUACAUUGAGAGUGUUGAAUGAAUCUUAUGUUGGUCUAUGAGGAAUGCUAAAUGUCAAGUACAUGGAAAGGAUUUUAACAUCAGAAAUGAUCCACAAAAAUCAAAAUGAUAGGAACGGUUUCUUUAUUUGGGAAGUGUAAACGCAUAUUCUCAUUCACUAAUUGAAUAAUUCUCUUAAAAUGAAGAAAAUUUAGACAAAUCAUUCAGCAAGCACUAAGUACCAUUUAUAUUACUUUAGAUGUCAAAACAUAUUUUAUUUCAUUCGCGGCAGGACUGCAUUAAAUGUGAGGUAAAUAGACCAAGAUCGAUAAAUUGAUUUUCAAAGUGUACAACUCAUACUAAAAUAUUGACACUUUCGAAAUUCUAUUAGACUCUCAUCAAUCUUCAUCAAAGCAAAAAAACAUGAAAAAACUUGAACAGUUCAAGAUAAUUCGACGAGAAAAAUAAAACAUCUUAGAAAAGAAAACCAUCCUGUACCACAACAAAAAUAAAUAUUCAUACGUAAUGGAAAACAAUUAAAGAUAGAAUCAUGUGUACACUCGAUCAUUUAAGUGUAGAAAAUCGCACAAACACAGCCACCAUAUUUUCUGAAACCAUGUGAUUGGGAAUAACGGAAAUAUCAUUAUCAUUAUUGUUUGCAAAAAAAACAUAAUCAUUGACCGGAACACAUAUGCAAUAGAAACUAACGCAUAGCAUCACAAACGCACAACACUCAAAGAACAUAUUUGUAAAUUUAUUUCUUUCGUUUUCGAGCACGAAAUUAGAGAAAGAUCGGCUAUGGAAGGUAAGUUCUAUUAUUGGCAGGUUCGUUUUUCAAAACAUGGCUUGUCCGUAUGAAAAUCUAGUGGCCAAUUUUCAGAAAAAUGAUAAAUUUAGCCCUCCCAAGAAAUAGAACAAAAUCUGUCAAAGCCAUAAUUUUCCAUAUUAAUGCAUAUUUUCGACGCGAUAAAUAAGGCCGACAUAUCAAACAAUCAUUAUUGCAAACAUAAAAUAUAUACACGAAAAAGCAGAAGAAAAAUCCAAUUGUAAAUAUCGUUUUAAUUUAAUAGUUGUUAGAAUGUUUUUAUAUUGAAAUAAAACGAAUGUGAAAAUA